AUGGCUACCAAAGCAGCAUACAAACGACUAACGAAAGAAUAUAUCGCAUUUCAAAAGAAUCCACCUCCAUAUUUGAUUGCAAAGCCCUUAGACAGUAACAUACUCGAAUGGCACUAUGUGAUUCGUGGACCUCCAGAUACUCCUUAUCACAAUGGCGAAUAUCAUGGAGUCUUAACAUUCCCAUCAGAAUAUCCUUAUAAACCACCAGCUAUCCGAAUGACAACGCCAUCAGGUCGAUUUCAACCAGAUGCUCGAUUGUGUUUGUCAAUGUCGGAUUUUCACCCUAGCACGUGGAACCCUGGGUGGAGUGUUUCGACAAUAUUAAAUGGAUUAUUAAGCUUUAUGUGUAGUAAUGAGGCUACAACAGGCAGUAUCAAGACAACUGAUGCCGAUAAAAAAAUAUACGCUGGACGAUCACAUCAUUAUAACUUAAAUGAUCCAAAGUUUAAAGAGAUCUUUCCCGACCUAUGCAUAGCGGAAGCUGUUCCUGUUGAAAUUCUCUUCCCUCUUUAUCAAUCAUCUUCAAACACUUCACCCACUUCUAACACCAUCAAAUCACCCAAAGUAAAUUCGAGAUUAGAUGCAUCGAAACCGAAUCAACCAAUCGCCUCUCCCACGAUUCAACGAAAGGAAGCCGCCCAACAACGUGCCAAUUCAUUAGGAAAUAAAGGUGGUGAAAAUCCUUCACAACGUAUUUUUGAUCAAUGGCGUAAGUGGGUGAUAUUUUUGCUCUUAUGCCUUUAUCUGGUUGUCACGAAAUUGCUAGCUAGAAGUUCUGAAGCUGUUUCAGGGAGCGCCGCUGGUGAUGCAGGCGGCAUUUAA